AUGUCAUUUAAUAAUGAAGCUGUUAAUGAAUCAAAAGAAUGUGUAAAGUCAUUAGGAAGAAUAAUAAUUGAUCAUUUAAAUAUUUUUGAAAAUGUUCGUAAAUUAUACAACAACGUUCUUCAUGGAGAUGGGAGAUCAGUAUUUAGAAGCACAGUAAAGGUAACAUUUAAUGUAAUAUUAUUAUAUUCAUUAAGAAAAAUGAUGUUUCCAAUUUUACUUGCAUUGGCUGUUUUUACAAUUCCUAAGUUCUUCUUGACACCUAAACAAAAAAAACGUUAUAUCAUUGAAGCCAAUGGAAAUGAAGUAAUUAUCAUUGAAAAGGGAAGUAAUUUUCAGAUGUAA